GCUAGCUUCCAGUCAGUAUCAUCCCAUCCUACCUAUCGUGCGUUUCUCUAGGGAGCUACCCAUUAGCUUACAUUUAUUAGCUAGCUAACUUUCAGCUGAAUAGCUGCUGUAGCUAACCGUGACAUCUGAUUUGGUUUUGAGCCGUCUUCGUUUGUAACGGUUUUGGAUUAUUGUGACUGUAGCUGAUAUUAACGCUAACAGACCAAGGAUGAAAUAUCUGAUAUCUGCGCUCAUAGGAGCGCUUUUCGCUAUCUGCAUGGUGGAAGGCCAGAGAAGGCCUCCGAACUACAGUUUGGAUGAGAUGCCACGCACUUCGUUUUCAUGCAGAGACAAGAUCGUUGGAGGAUAUUACGCCGACCCUGAGACAGACUGUCAAAUGUUUCACGUAUGCGUCAGGGUUGCUGGUCUUGGGGUACAAGACUUCAGAUUUUUGUGUCCCAACGAUACGAGCUUCGAUCAAGAGAACCAGAUCUGUGACGAUUGGUAUAACAUAGACUGUGAGGCUUCUACCUUGUUCUACAGUGACAACUUCGAUCUCUACAGGAUAAGCGACGGAGUGCCCGAGUUCGGACCAAGCCGUGCCACCCCCAUCUCGCUGGGACCAUCCAGUGCCCCGCCCAUCUACUCCAAGCCGAAGCAGCGCCCCAGCCAUUUGCCUGUGAACAAUGCAGUCUCUGAGGACGAUGACGACACAUAUCUGCAGAAGGCCGACACUGGUGAUAGGAGACUGCACAAGGAUCUAUUGAGAGGCUCCAGCUCAGGAAAUUUCUUCGCCAACCGCAACAACGGAAAAGAGGACAAUGAUGAUGACGAUAACACUUCUUCCGCUGACUUUUCCAAGAACAAAUUCGGAGAUGCCCAGGCCAAAAAGAAAACCGCCAAGGUUGCAGUCAGGAAGCUCCUGACAGGAAAGCGUCCCGUCAACCAGGCAACGGAACAGAGCACCGUUGCUUCCACUACGCCCGUUGCAAGCACCACCGUUGCAAGUGUGCAACAGAACAAUAACUUUGGUGGAAGACAGAGGUACAACACCGUUCAAAGAGCCAGAGUGACAACCCCAGCACCCUAUGUAGAAACCUCAACAGCCUACAACACAAACAACAACAACUUUAACAACAAUAACUACAACAACAAUUACAACAACAAUAACUACAACUCGAGAAACAACAACAAUAAUUACAACAACUAUCAGACCCCAACAACAGCAGCUCCCACCAGCUCUGUCGCUUACAACAACAAUUUCAGAUCACGUGGCAAUGUAAACUUCAACACUUACCAGAGCAACAACAACCAAGAGAACAACAACAAUUACCAGGAGACAAGCAGCACAACUCAGGCAACAACUGUCAACAACAACAACUUCAACCGAAACUACAACCAGAACUACAAUAACAACAACAACAAUUACAAUAACUAUCAAUAUCAGACUAGUACUGCUAAUCCAUUCAACUACAACUAUCAGUCAACUAACAACAACUAUCAGUCAACUAACAACAACAAUGGCGCCCAACAACAAGGCUCAACAAAGUUUUACACGCAACAACAGAAUGUACAACAAAGCUCGACAACAUCUAACUACUAUCAGACACAACAACAAUCUACAAAUAACAACAACAAUAAUAACUACUAUCAACAACAGCAGUACAAUAACAAUAAUUUCAACAACAAUAACUAUAAUGCACAGAGUUCUAGUGUGGCUUCUUCAGCUGCCUAUCAACAACCCACAACUUAUAGGACUACUAGUUUCAAUAAUAACAACAAUUACCAACAAAACUAUAAUGGAAACAAUAACUACAAUCAGCAAUCAACCACUUUCAACUAUGACAAGUAUUACCAGACUUCAACUGUGGCCCCCAGAGCUUUUGACAAAAGUACCAGCUAUUAUACAACCACUGUAGCACCACAUCCUUCUGGAUUCCAGAACUACUAUGACAAGAGCAGUACGAGCCAGGCUGUGAAUAUGUAUGCCAGUUUACUUUCAAAAUUCCAGCUACGAAAACUGGACGCAAAUUCAAACUACGCGCUGUACUUUGAAACGACCCGUAAAGUGCUGCUACCUGGUGACAGAAAACAGCACCAAUUUCGUUCCGUUCAGUUGGCAACCGUUGUUUGA